AUCCAAUGGACCCGCCGCAGAGGUGCAAUUCUCGAGGUGGCUUAGUUCCAGCGGCACCAGCAACCACCGGCACCACCAGCAAUGUGUGUUAGUCUCGUUAUCUUUGGCAAAACGAUACCAUGGUGACUGAUGAGCACUAGGCCAGCUAGUAGUCUGCAGCAGCGUGGCUCUGUCGGUCGUGCGCGCGCGCCAACGGAAGCAACGAAAGUAAAGAAGAUAUUAGAACAUCGUGAUCGUGAUCGUGAACGUGAAAGCGAAAGUGGUACGAGUGUGUUAUCGAUCCGAACUCCGUUCGAUCUGUUUCAUCUGAAAAUGCUUCCCGCCCGAAUGAAGCAAUGCGGUUUCUUGGCUUUGCUGUUGGCGGUGGCGUUGUGUUGUGGAAACGUUCGAGCUGGAGACGAAAACGACAAUAAGCAGUCCACAGCGACCGAGCCAACCGAAACGACUACCGUUCCUACAACGCCUGCUUGGAUGCCUUACCUGGUAGCUGGAGACACCGCCAACGCCAACACUUCCGUUCUGUGCAAAACGUGCAACUGCAAUAAGGACACGGCCACCUUCGAUUGCACGGAGGUGAAGCUAAACUCGACGACGAGCUUCCCAGCGGAAGCAUGGCAGUCACUGAACGCUACCGGGUUGAUGGCAAAGAAAAUCAUACUGAAAUCCACCGGCCUGCAGCGAGUGAUACGCUUCCCGGCGAUGAAUGUAACGGUGCUUGAUCUGAGCUUCAACGAUAUCGAAACGAUCGAGAGCCAAUGUUUCAUCGAGCUGGCACAACUGGAAGUGCUGGAUCUGUCGCACAAUCGACUCCGAACGGACACGCUGACACCGGACAUUUUCGAAGGUCACUAUUCGCCGGAGUUUUUUGAACCGCUGAUAAAAUUGCGCGAGCUGCGCCUCGGUUCCAAUCAAAUGCACUCCCUCAAUCCUGACCUGUUUGAGAAUUUGCCGGCACUGGAGGUAUUGAGUUUGGAGCUAAACACGUUCAAAGUGAUCGAUUCGCAGGCGGAAACGGCAAUCAGUGGUAUCGCGGCGCUCGUCAGUCUCGAUCUGAGUUACAUGGAGCUGGAGGAUAUCCCGACGUAUUUGUUUCACACCCCACGUGGCCUGCGGUAUCUCAAUCUGACCGGCAACCUGCUGAAGGAGGUCCCGGCGGCCCUUAGACGAUCGGAAGGGCUAACCUGGCUAAGUCUGGAUGAAAACCCAAUAACGAGCAUCGUGAUGGGAAAUGAGUUUCCCGUAAUGAAAAACCUCACAUACCUAAGUAUGUCCUAUAUGCCGGUGCUGUCAGUGAUUGGCCGUGGUGCGAUGCGCGGUCUCGUUUCGCUCCAAGAGUUGCACCUCACCAACAAUCCGCACCUGGGCAUCCUUCAUCAGGAUGCGUUCGCACGGAAUGACACGGACAACCCGGAGCGACUCGAUUGGCCUCCGGUGCGCCGGCUCUUCCUGCAUAACAAUGCGCUCAAGUACCUGGACGCACAGAUGCUCGUCCAGUGGGACGCGAUGGAAGUGAUCGACAUUCGCGUCAAUCCUUGGUCCUGUGACUGUACCAACCGAUGGGUCGUUUCAACGCUUCUACCCAUCAUCGAACGAACCACACCAGCCAUCCUUAACAACAUUGUCUGCGAUAGUCCCCCACAAAUGCAGGGGAUCUCCAUGAUCGAUCUCGAGCAUCAGCACACAAAGUUACGGUGCCUUGACAAGGCCGGCAACAACCCGUCCAACGAUGGUGCGCUGUUAAUGGGUCUACUGAUCGGAGUGCUAGUGGCCAUCCCACUUACCGCCGCCAUCUGGUGCAUCUACAAGCGCGGUUGCUUCGGACUAUUCGCACGCCCUGGUCCUGCCAGCUACUCGCGGGCUUUUUACAGCCGAACGACGCUAAAUGAGGAGUUUUAGAAUAAUACGGGAGGCGAAUCGACGCGACCGCUUCAACUACAUCCCUCUUCACCAAAUACUUUGUGACACAGCUACUGUAAUUGUUGCCAUAUAACUUACUAGCGUACUCUUCAAUUGGAUACGCAACGGGCUAGCAGCAGGUGGAGAUUAAUAAUUAAGUUAUGUAAACCACUCGUAUCACAGUUCACUAAAUAGAUGUUUUCUCUUUUA